GGAGAGAAUGGCGGAUGCUGCCGAAUCGUCCCCGCCGCCGGCGGGAAGUUUUGGCGACGUGUUUAAUGCGCUGAUCACGUCGUUGCCACCAGAAGCGUCAGGAUCCUUCUUCCGAUGCUUGUCGGGCUUGUCGGCCGAAGAAAGUAACAUGUUGUCCACGUACCUACUGGAACUCAAGGAAGAGAAGAAGUUUCGAGUCAUCCAGGCUCUCAUGGACUCACCUGUGGCUGCCAAGAAGCGCUUUAUAGUGUCGUUGCGUGAGAAAUUUGACCGGUUGAAGGCACAGCAAGCGGCGAGUGGGGUGACCGGCGACGCGCGAGCGAGAUUGGAACGGUCCGGGUCCCGCCAGUCGUCGAUGAAAAACAUCACGACGGAGGACAUUCGAUCCAUGGGAACUAUGCUCGACAACGCGCACAUUGGCGAGUCGGAGCUUCGAUUGAAGCGGUUGGAAGAGGAGAAAGAGGACUCUGGGUCGUCGUCGGUACAAGUCGGCGCGGUCAAGGCCGACGGGAUGAUCAACACGUCGGUGCCGAACAGCAAACGCGAGCGACCCAACAGUAACUGGGAGCUGCUCAAGGGCGAAGCCACCCCUGCACAGCGCACUAGAGAAGAAGGUUCGUCGGAUGAAGAUCAAGAAGACGAGGACGACGAAGUCGAAGCAGAAAACUCACCCGAUCCCGAUGGCAGCACCGAGGUGGACCCCAAUGAAGAUGCCCCGACAACGAAGCGAUGGACGAAAGCGCAGGACGCCGCGCUCAAGGAAAGCGUCCACAUUCACGGUGAAAAGAACUGGAAGGCCAUCGCCGAGCGAGUACCCGGUCGAAACCACGCACAGUGCUUGCAGCGGUGGCGCAAAGUGCUCAAGCCUGGUCUGGUCAAGGGCCAUUGGUCGUUUGAGGAGGACAAGAUGCUGGAGGACUUGGUAAAGCAGAGCACCAACAACUGGGGUCAGAUCGCCGAGCAAAUUCCUGGGCGAACACCCAAGCAGUGCCGCGAGCGCUGGCGCAACCAUCUUGACCCGUCCAUUAACAAGGGGCCGUACGCUGAGGACGAAGACGCCUUGAUUCUUGCCAACCAAGCGCGACUCGGCAACAAGUGGUCCCAAAUUGCUCAGAUGUUGCCCGGUCGAACAGAGGACUCGGUCAAAAUCCGAUGGAAGUCCCUGAAGCAAAACCCGACUCGGGCCGCCGCCGCCAACGCCCAGAGCCGCCGCAUGAAUUUGCAUCAUCACCAGCAAAACGUGCACACGUCCCAGCUCCACCAAUCCACCAACUAUGGCAACACGGGCCUGCUCGACGGCCACAGGCACAUUCAAACGUCACACAACUUGAGUUCGACGCAUCAGCUGCAUCACUCGUCCCAUCCGCAACAACAUAUCGGCGGCCGAACAGACCCCAUGAUGGCCAACUGGGCCGCCGACUAUUCGGAUUUCAACGGGUCCCAUACAGCGUUGCUGAACGCGCCGUAUCUUGGCGGGUAUUCCUCGAACGACAUGAUGCUCGGGAAGGCAGACAACGUGCCUUCAUCGGGGUACACGGCGCACUAUCCCCCAGCAAUGCACCUCCAACCGCCACCUGCCCAAAUGUUUCAGCAACUGCACCAUCACCAAUCGUCGCAGCACGCCGUGCCUGGUCAAUACGACGAACUCCUGAUGAAGUCCCUCACGGACGAACUCGACUUUGACGAGUUUGGCUUGAUUUAAUUUUCGAUCCAUCGUGAGUCGACUCGUUCACGCCACUGCGCCUCGCAGUUGUUUUCUCUCUCGUCGGACGGAGGAUCCGAGUGAACUAACGUGUCCUCUCCACGACGCUCCAAACCGGCUGGAGCGCCGCCACAUGUAGCCAGGGCGGCAAAUAUCCAGUGGCAGCACCGACGGGGCAGCCGGCGCACGAAAGCCAAAGGGAACGGGUGGAUGUCGGAGCUGAAUCGCCAAACGCACCACUCGACGAUAUCGCCGGAGCCAUCCCGUUCCUUG